AGGUACGUAAGAGAAUAAAUUGCAGUGAAGUUACAGUGACCGGACUUCCGGUUGCGAGUAAUACCGCUUUCCGUCCUUAAGCAGCGUGGAUACUCUACUUUAGGGACGGUUCUGGUUUUCGCCCCCCCCCCCCGGGACGCUCCCCCUCCCUGGUCGUUUCUUUGGUUCUGCUGUACGUGCGACCAUUGUUGCACCAUGGCGGCUGCUUCGGCCCAACCUGCGGCCCUGAGCGCCGAACAGGCCAAGGUGGUCCUGGCCGAGGUGAUCCAGGCGUUUUCGGCUCCUGAGAACGCCGUACGCAUGGACGAGGCUCGAGACAAUGCAUGCAACGACAUGGGCAAGAUGCUGCAAUUCGUGCUGCCGGUGGCCACACAGAUUCAGCAGGAGGUUAUCAAAGCCUACGGCUUCAGCUGCGACGGGGAAGGUGUUCUUAAGUUUGCCCGCUUGGUCAAGUCUUAUGAAGCCCAGGAUCCCGAGAUUGCCAGCCUGUCCGGCAAGCUGAAGGCGCUGUUCCUGCCACCCAUGACACUGCCGCCCCACGGGCCUGCUUCGGGUGGUAGCGUCGCUGCCUCCUGAGGGUUGGCCUUCCCUGUGACACUUUCUGGGAAGGGAAAAUCUUGAUGUCCUAGAGGAUAAUAAACAUGCCUGUG